GUGACGUGAUCCGCGUCAUGUUUGUCGUCAUGGUAGUUCACUGUCGUAAAUGGACGUGCCUGUCGUGUAGUUCUAUUUAAAAAUGUCGACCAACUCGGAUGUUUACCAAGAGUCGCGACGUGAUUAACGAAGACAGUUCACAUUCCAGCUCGGGGGAAGCUGGAUGUGAAGUCUGAAAAUGGGUUUCUGGCAGCCGGUGACCAACCUUAGAGACUACGUCUCCCACAAUCCUCCGGGGGUUACGUUCUUCCUGUGUCUGUUGACCGUUGCUGUCUCCUUCAUCUGCCUCAGCGCCUACAGCUACACACACACGCUGCCUAACCCUGACACAGCAGAGGACUGGAACCAUCUACUGUCCUCAUUGUCCCAGUUCCAGCUGUGUGUGAAAGCCAACGUAAGUUCACCUGAGCUUGUGUCGCCGGUCCCCCCUUCUCUGGGUGAUGGAGACCCUACGGUUAACUCGACAGAGACUCCGUCUCUCGGUACCCUGCGUGUCAAGGUGCCUCUGGCUCUAAACACAAACCCAAACAGUGUCUCUCUCAAAGACCUUGGUUUACACGCUACCUUCAGAGCCAGGCAAUUACACCUUGGAGACGAUGAGAUUGUUAAUGUGACUUUGGAGUUUUUGUCUGAAAAUGAAACCUGCACCUGCCUCACCAUUACUGCUCCAACGCACCUCCUGCCCAUGAGUCUACUACCACCAGAGUGCCCUGUGUUUGAGAAACACAUUUCGCCAAUCCUCACGGAAGCAGGCGACCACCCGCAUGCAGCAUCACAAACCUGCUACAGUCUACACUCAACGAAUGACCCGACACUCACAGUGAUGUUAACACAGGAGGAGCAGAGCGUGGCAGUGAGACAUCUGUUGGGAGUCAGUGUGUGUCUGCUAGGAGUUUGCUUGAUCCUCUGUGUCGCUGCUAGUAUCACGCAUUCACUAAACCGCCGCUACCACUCGACUGGAAUGGAACCACAAAAUGUAAAGGAGCCCUUGAUUGACCCCUAAACAUUUUUCGUCAGCUGCGUCCUUAAGAAACGAGAAGCAAGUUUGCACAUCAUGGGGAAUAAGCCCUACUCAACAUAACGUCUUCUGUAGCUCUGAAGGCAGCUUGUUAAAGCUGGAGAAAUGAACCAUCUUAAUGCCAUUAGGGUUAUCUCUGUUUUGGUUUGAAGACUACAUAUUUAUGUAGCAUACAGCAAAGUGAGUCAGCUUCUGCAUGUUACAAAUGUUCAAUUCUGAACAUUUGUAACAUGUCUCCCACAAAGUGCUAUACUUAAUGAGAGGGGCAUUUGCCAGAAUAACUUGUGGCCAAUGAGCACAACAGGCUUUUGUAUUAUUUGUUUAAUAACAAAGAAUUAAUGGCACACUUGUCUGUGCAUGUAAAUUACUGUUAUAUUAUGAACUGGCAUAUCAGUGACUGAUGAUCAGGACUUGAUGAUAUGUCUGGCAUGUAAGAACAAAUAGCUGGUCAAGACGGUAUCUUGUUUUCAAACAUCAUUUUCCUAGUUUUUGCGUGAGUGAAACAUGAAUGGUAAAAUAAUAUUUACCAUGUUGUGAAUCAAACGUGUAAAUUAAGGAAUGUCACAUCAAGUGUCUACACACCCAACACCUGUUUCAUUUGUUUUUUUCUGCCAAAUAAAUGUAAAUUAUUAAUGUAA